CGCAGAUUCCGGAAGCAACUUUGCGAGGUCAGAAGCAACUGAGACGUUCGCUUCAAGGGCUUUUACUGUACGGAGAUCUAUAGAAACUAAGAACAAGAAAAUCUUGUUAUAUGUUUGCUAGACUUCAAGUUCAUGGUUUUAUUCGACCGAUGAACAACUUGAAAGCCCAACUUGAAAGGACGCCACGAUUUUCCCGGCACGCGUCAAUCGCCACUCAAGCUCACAUUCAACCUUUACCAAUACCUGUUCUUGAUAACGUUCCUCUCCCAAGCCAACAAUCCACAGUCAUGAAUACAGACAAAAAGCACUUCACGUCGAAACGAUUUGUAGAUGCGCCCAUCUCACAGCUCUCCAAGGCUGGGAUCAGACACGAGUUUCUUACAGAUGUACAAGACGCCACACUCGAACAUGCUUUAUCGGGCAUCGAUCUCCUCGUGCAGGCCAAAACUGGAACUGGCAAAACCACAGCGUUUCUCCUCCCUGCCAUCGAGCGGCUCGCCUCAUCCAGAUCUACUUCCUCUGAUAUGGGCCAAAUUCUUGUUAUAGCGCCUACGCGGGAGCUGGUGCUUCAAAUCGAGGAAGAGGCAAUAUCCCUUCUUGCGCACCAUCCAUACGGCGUGCAGUCUGUUAUCGGCGGUACAAACAUAAAUACAGAAAAAAACCGUCUGAACUCUCCCACCGCUCGGACCGACAUCCUAAUUGCCACCCCCGGUCGGCUCCUCGACCAUCUGACUUCGGGGCUUAUCCUCCGCCCGAGUGUGCUCAUUCUAGAUGAGGCAGAUAGGCUACUCGAUCAAGGAUUUCGCAAGGAUUUGGAGCGCAUCGUGGGAUUCCUGCCUGAUAGACGGGGAACAAAACGUCAAUGUAUGCUGUUUUCUGCGACUUUUGACGAGGCGAUCCGGAAGAUCGCCAAGAUUUACCUAGAUCCAAAUUAUAAAUUCAUAUCUACGCUCCAUGCGGACGAGAUCAACACGCAUGAACAUGUUCCCCAGAGUUACCUUAUCACGCCCCUUGAAGAUACCCUUCCGACACUUGUUUCCCUCCUCAAGCAAGCGGGUCCGCAAGCAAAGACGAUGUUAUUUUGUACAACGGCACGUGGAACAGCCGUUGUCGCGAGUGUGUUGCAACAAGUGUCUGCUGCACCACAAUCUAUGCUUCCCCCAAUCUACCAGAUCCAAAGCCGUAUGUCACAGGCUGCGCGCACGCGCGCCGCACAGGAGUUCCGCGACGCCCCAGAGGGUGCAAUUUUGGUUACUAGCGAUGUGACUGCGAGAGGGAUGGAUUUUCCAAGCGUAACACAUAUCAUCCAGCUUUCCCUUCCCAGCUCGCCCGCCCAAUACAUCCACCGCCUUGGCCGAACCGCGCGUGCAGGUGCUGCAGGCGAAGGCAUAUUGAUGCUCAUGCCCGACGAGCAGUUCUUUUUGCGGCUGCCGGAGAUCGCCUCGCUUCCGUUAACGCCCCAUACACAAAUUGAACAUACCGGUAACUUGAAGUUUAAGUUGGAUGACCGCUCCAUUGGGCAAGCAUACUCCGCUUGGCUUGGGUUUUACAAGUCCUGGCUAAAGCAACUGCGGUGGUCGCCUACGGAGUUGGUGAAACAGGGCGCAGUAUGGGCGCAGUGCUUGGGGUGGCCGAGCGUGACGGAAGUUGGUGGUGGACCUAGUACUUCUGGUGGUGCUCCAGCGCGAAUUGGCGCAAGGGGUGGACAUGCAGUGGCAACAUGGAUCCCGCCACCUAUCGCGAAACGCACGGUGGGAUUGAUGGGUCUACGUGGAACGCCGGGGUUGAAUGUGGUGGACCGCCUGGACGAUGUGGACAAUGGUCCAGCUCGGAAUGCAGGAGGAGGCGGACGUGGAAGGGGGGGCGGAGGCGGGAAGUUCCUGCCAAAAGCAGCCAAACCGCACACAGAAGGAGGGAGCGAUAAUAGGACUGCGCGUACACAAGGGAUCAGAAAGGGCAAGGCGGAGGCAAGACAAUAAGCUUCUGAAGUGGUUAUAUUUCCUGGGGAAAAGUUGGUAGUUAGAGUUGUUAGAUUUCGAUAUCGUGCCUAUACCUCGAUGCAUUCGCUUAUAGAUUGUCUUAAUUCAAACUGUGGCACUGAAGGACUCAAAAUAUCGGCCUCAG